AUGACUGUUGCUACACCUGCUGUUGUUGGGGCGCUGAAAUGUCAACGUGAACCAUUUCUUUUGGAAGAUUUUGAAACCAAUGUUAUUUCCUGUGUAAAAGUUGAUUCAAAGACCGCUAAAAAGUUCCUGAUCGGCAAGGAGGCUACCCAUGUUUUGGAACUUGAAGAUACCAUUUUAUUCCCUGAAGGCGGUGGACAACCUAGUGACACCGGGUAUGUAACACUACGUGAUGAUGAAACCAAACGUAUCAAUGUUGUUAAAGUAGUCCGUGAGGGUCUACACGCAAAGCACUACGUCGAUCAAGCAAUCGAACCAGGUUCCAAAAUUUCAUUGCAUGUAGACAAAGAAAAGAGAUUAGAUUACAUGCAACAACAUACUGGUCAGCACUUACUUAGUGCAAUUUUAGACAACUAUUACGACAACGCUGACACAUUAUCAUGGUCUAUGGGUGGUAUACCUAGUACUAAAAAGCCAAUUUUGGAACCGAGUGACUACUUGAAUUAUUUAGAGCUACCACGGAAACUAUCUAAGGAUGAAAUAAGUGAGAUAACUGAUAAAUUCAAUGAAAUUGUUUCAACAAAUGUCAUGCCCAUUACUGUGAAAGAAACUAUUGCCGUUGAAAAAAGUGAAUCUAUAGAAGAUGUAAGUACAAAAAAGAUUCCGGAUGAUUAUGAUUACACACUUGGUGUCUUGAGAACUAUAAAUAUUGGAGAGUUAGAUAAGAAUCCUUGCUGUGGUACUCAUUUGACAGCUACCUCUCAAGUUCAAUCUAUCUUAAUUUUGGACAAUCAGAGUACUGUAAGAGGAACAAACUCCAGACUAUAUUUCAUGUGUGGUAAAAGAGUAUCUUUAUACGCUAAGAUGCUUACUGAUUACAUAAGUAGUGCAAAGGUAGAGUUAAGUUGCUCAGAGUCACAAAUAUCAUCAAAGGUUGUAGCUUUAAAGGAAAACUUACAAAAGGCAAAGAAGAAGGAGCAGUAUUUCAUCUCACAGAUUGCCAAGUUUGAAGGAGAAAGACUAUAUCAAUCAUUAGAAGAAGGAAAACAAUUAUACGUCUUAAAAGAUGAAUUUGGCUCUUUAGACUUGCUUCUUGCAAUACAAAAGGAGUUUCAAGAAUUAUGUGACAAGAAUAGUAAGAAUUGUGAACUGCUCAUCUUAUGUGGCAGAGAGAGGGCGUCACUGAUGGGCUCAGUCGUGAUAAUCUCUCCAGAUGGGGAGAAGAUUCAAAAAACUGUAUCUGAAUUACAAUCUGCUCUCAAAAAUCUAAAAGGAGGAGGUGGUAAAAAUGGUGGUAAAUGGCAAGGCAAGAUAAUGAAUUUUACUGACCAGGAAUAUGAUGUGCUAGAACAUUACCUCGAGCAGAUUGCGUGA